AUGCUCCGCCCCCUCCACGCCCUCACAUUCUACCCCUCCCUCCACCACUCCCUAUCCCCCUCCCUCCCACAAACCCCCUCCAACACCAUCCUCCUCGAAUCCCUCCUAACCAUCUACGGCGCACGCGACAUCUUCAUGGGCCUCGCCAUGUACGCCGCAUCCUACCAUCGCAAUUACAAAACACUAGGCUGGAUCGUGGUUGCGGGGAGUGGUGUUGCGUUUGUGGAUGGGUGGGUGUGUUGGAGGGCUGGAGGGGGACAGGGCGAUCAUUGGGGGUAUGCGCCUGUACAUGCGGUUGUGGGGGUUUUGCUGGUGUUGGGGUAUUGA